GACAGCGGCUUUUACAAAGUCCGUCCAUUACUUGAACAACGUAAUCAGCUGUAAGCAUGACGUUGAAUGAUACAGAAGUGCAACGUCAGAUUCGCCACAUGAUGGCCUUUAUAGACCAGGAAGCUCGAGAAAAGGUGGAGGAGAUAGAUGCCAAAGUUCGUUGAUUAAUUGUCUAAUGACAUUAUAAACUUCUGCAGGCCGAAGAAGAGUUCCAAAUAGAAAAGUCCCGUUUAGUACAAAAUCAGCGGCUCAAAAUAAUGGAGUACUACUCAAAAAAGGAAAAACAGAUAGAACUGACCAAGAAAAUUCAGGAUUCCAACUUAAAAAAUCAGUCUCGUCUUAAGGUUUUGCAGAGCAGAGAAAAUCACAUUGAAAUGUUGCUUAAGGAAGCCCGGGAACGUUUACGGAUGGUUACCAGAGAUCGGGAUGUUUAUCAGAAGUGCCUUUCAGGACUUGUCUUAGAGGGGCUUUUCCAGUUACUGGAACCAGAAGUUAUUAUCAGAUGCCGUCAGGUUGACCGUGAUUUAACUCAAAAUGUUCUACCAGAAUGUGUUGCCGCCUAUCGAAAGCAGACGGGUACUGAUUGCAGAGUCACAAUCGAUAACAACUACUUACCUGAUAGCCUAGCUGGCGGAAUUGAAGUUUACAAUAAAGAUGGGCGUAUUAAAGUAGUAAACACGUUGGAAAGUCGUUUAGAUCAAAUUAGUGAACUUUUAAUGCCACAACUACGUGAAAUUUUAUUCGGAGUAAAUGAAGGUCGAAAAUUCCGCAAUUAAUUGAAUGAUUAGUCCAAUUGUCUAUUUCCGUUAACGACAACAUCUAGCAUAAUAAAUAUUUAUCUUUAUUUCCUUUUAGUAUCUGUUUAUUGCACUAAAUACUUGAUUUAUUAUUAUUACCGUUUGUUAUAUUAUUGCAUGUAUGGAAUUUGAAACAUUUAAUUUCAAUCUUACCAUAAAUACUACUAUAUGAUUUUAAGUUUACUCUUCUACUUAAAUUCAUUCUGUAAACCUUUUUCGUUAAAUCAAAUAAAAUGUCGGUAAAUGG